AUGAUAUGGUUCUCCUUUUGGCUCCACUGGGAAGCUUUGAGAGAAGCAGUUCGUCGAGACGGUCUCGCAGCAAUCGUGCGCCCACAACAGAUUCGUGAUGCUGCUGCAGCGAAGUUGCUCAAUGUAACCUCCGCUGGUUUUAUUGCAUUCGAAGACACAACCAUUGUUCCAUCGCUCGUGAAAGCCGCUAGCGGCGUUGUCCUUGAUCUGGGUCCCGGGCCAGGAAACCAGAUUCAUCGAUUUGAUACCACUGUUGUCGAUCAUAUCUAUGGUAUUGAACCUAAUCCCCACUUCAAGAGCGCUCUAAAAGCCAAGCUGGAGACACAUGGCUUACAGGAUAAGUAUAAGCUCAUCGAUGCUGGUAUUGAAGAUAGCGAUAUUCUGAGGGAGGCGGGAAUCACGGAAGGGAGCGUGGACACCGUGCUAUGCAUUCAGGUCUUGUGUGCGGUUCAGGAUCCACGAAAUGUGACGAAGGAGAUUUGGAAGCUACUUAAGCCCGGGGGCAAGUUUAUAUUUUGGGAACACGGUUGUAGUAAAGAUCGCUUGACGAAUGUGGCGCAAGCUUGCUUCAACCCUGCUUGGAGUACAUUUGUCGGAUGCCAUUUGACCCGGAAUGUAUUGGCAGACAUUCUCAACAGUGGGGAGUGGGAGAACCCGGGCGCGAUCGAAGAGCCUGAGGACCCGUUUAGUUUUCUGCCUAGGAUUCAGGGUGUUCUUGUUAAGAAGGCUUGA